UUAUAGAUUAAAAGAAAGGCUUCAGCUUUCCUUGAGACAAGAUAAAGAGAAAAACCAGGAGAUCCACCUAUCGCCCGUCACAUUACAGCCAGCACAGUCUGAGGCAAAGACGGUCCACAGCAUGGUCCAACCCGAGCAGGCCCCGAAGGUGCUGAAUGUUGUCGUGGACCCCCAAGGCCGAUGCACUCCUGAGAUCAAAGCUACCACCUCGACCUCAGUCUGCCCUUCUCCUUUCAAAAUGAAGCCCAUAGGACUUCAAGAGAGACGAGGGUCCAACGUAUCUCUCACCUUGGACAUGAGUAGCUUGGGGAACGUUGAACCCUUUGUUGCUAUUCCAACCCCGCGGGAGAAGGUGGCAAUGGAGUACCUGCAGUCCGCCAGCCGAAUCCUCACAAGGUCACAGCUGAGGGACGUCGUGGCAAGUUCACAUUUACUCCAAAGUGAAUUCAUGGAAAUACCAAUGAAUUUUGUGGAUCCCAAAGAAAUUGACAUUCCACGUCAUGGAACUAAAAAUCGCUAUAAGACUAUCUUGCCAAAUCCCCUCAGCAGAGUGUGUUUAAGACCAAAAAAUGUAACUGAUUCAUUGAGCACCUACAUUAAUGCUAAUUAUAUUAGGGGCUACAGUGGCAAAGAGAAAGCAUUCAUUGCCACACAGGGCCCUAUGAUCAACACCGUGAAUGAUUUCUGGCAGAUGGUUUGGCAGGAAGACAGCCCUGUGAUUGUUAUGAUCACAAAACUCAAAGAAAAAAAUGAGAAAUGUGUGCUGUACUGGCCAGAAAAGAGAGGGAUAUAUGGGAAAGUCGAAGUUCUGGUUAUCAGUGUAAAUGAAUGUGAUAACUACACCAUUCGCAAUCUCGUCUUAAAGCAAGGAAGUCACACCCAACAUGUGAAGCAUUACUGGUACACCUCAUGGCCCGAUCACAAGACUCCAGACAGUGCCCAGCCCCUCCUACAGCUCAUGCUGGAUGUAGAAGAAGACAGACUUGCUUCUGAGGGCCGAGGGCCUGUGGUUGUCCACUGCAGUGCGGGGAUAGGUAGAACAGGGUGUUUUAUUGCUACAUCCAUUGGCUGUCGACAGUUGAAAGAAGAAGGGGUUGUCGAUGCGCUAAGCAUUGUCUGCCAGCUUCGUGUAGAUAGAGGUGGAAUGGUCCAAACCAGUGAGCAGUAUGAAUUUGUGCAUCAUGCUCUAUGCCUGUAUGAGAGCAGACUUUCAGCAGAAACUGUCCAGUGAGUCACUGAAGACUGACCAGGCCAUCAAUCUCUUGGGGUGUUUAAUCAAAUUACCCACUUGAGGCUUCCAGAAGGAGCUUCCUGCAAUGGAAGGAAAGAGAAGCUCUGAAGCCAACCUGUGGCAUGGAUUGUGGAAGACUUGGCAACAUGUUUAAGAUUGCCAGCCCCUUGUGUAUAUGAAUGCAUUUGUAAGCAUCCCUCAAACUAUUUUGAAGGUCCUAUGCUGAUGGAGGUAUGAUAGAUUUCUCACAUAGGCUGCGGUGGAUUUCGUUUUGUCUGUACUAUCUGCCACACAGAAUGUAUGUAUGUAAUAUUCAGUGAUAAAUGUCAUCAGAUGAUGACUGGAAGAGCUGCUGAAGACAUUCUUAUUGUGUGUUUAGAUGCUUUAAUGUUUGCAAAAUAUGUCUUGUGAAUGGACUGUCAGCUGUUUAACUGUUCCUGUUUUAAGUGCUAUUACCUUUCUCAGUUACCAGAAUCUUGCUGCUAAGUGAUCGACAAUGGAUUUUUAACAAAUAAGUCUUUGUUUUUAAAAAAAAAAAAUUAAAAGCAGUAACUAUUUUAUAUGGAAAUGUGUCUUGAUAAUAUUACCUAUUAAAUAUGUAUUUAUAGUACCUCCUACCAAUCAAUUACAGAGCACAAUAAUUGUCAUUGGGUAUAUAUGUAUUUACUCUCUAUUAUUAGGCAUAAAGGUGACUUCUGCUCCAGAACUCUAUCCACUGUAUUUCUACAUUGUGAUUUGUUUUACUUUAAAAAGGCAAAACAAAUUUGUAGCAACUAUGAAGUAUCAAGAAUUUUAAAUACUUGUCUCUCUUUUACUAAGAAGGGAUUUUUGAAUAUGCUGUCUACCUGGAAUCUCUCUCCCAAUAAAAGACAGAUGCCUUUGGGAAUGAUGUAACCUGUCCCAUUUCCAGAGGUUCUUUAUAAAGAUGCUGCCAUGUCUGUCCUUACAUUUCUGAAAAGUUUUAAUCCUCAAGUGACAAAUAAAGUUAAAACAACUACCCUCAGAAAACACAAGAUGUUCUGCUCAAAUACGAAUUUUUCAUGCAGCAAUGUUGACUUUGUUUCACACUGCCAAUAAACUACUCUUAAUACUAAAUAUUGA